GAUGGCACUUUAAAUAUGGAAAAAGACACGCUGCGCUCCGAGUCUCCACGCGUUUGGAGCCAGACUCAAAAGCAGCCUUUUCUCUGAAGAUGAUAUCCACGCAAGACCUGAUCGAAUCCAGCACGAUAUGAGGAUUGUUUGUCCUGGGUUAAGUUUGAUUUGUAGAGUCGAAGAAAUUAUUCCAGCGAGAGAGAUAGAGCUCCAGCUCCUCGACUUCAGUUUUACUUUUUAUCCACUGAAAGAAAGAAAAGGAAAAAAAAAAGAAAAGAGCGCGUCAGCUGCAGAAGGUGAACAUUUUCCAAACAGAGACUACAAACAGAACCUGAGCUGAGGAAGACGAGUGGAGAUCACAACCAAGACUGUCACCAUGAGUUCUGAAAAGACCAAAAUGGAGGAUGAAGCAGUCCUGGACAGGGGGGCAUCGUUUGUCAAACAUAUCUGCGAUGAUGAAGUGGAAGGUCACCACACUGUGUAUAUUGGUGUGAAUGUUCCCAAGAGCUACCACCGGAGGAGACGCCACAGACGCAAGUCCAGCCACAAGGACAAGAGGGAUCGAGUCGAACCGAGUGUGGAGGGAUACAAGUCGGAUGGGGACGAGUCAUCCGCGAACAUCCUCAAACCUCUCAUUUCUCCAGCAGAGAGGAUCAGGUUUAUCCUGGGAGAGGAGGACGAUGGGCCCCCACCCCCCCAACUUUUCACAGAACUGGAUGAGCUGCUUUCUGUGGACGGGCAGGAGAUGGAGUGGAAAGAGACAGCCAGAUGGAUCAAGUUUGAGGAGAAGGUAGAGAAAGGUGGAGAGCGCUGGAGUAAGCCUCAUGUGGCCACGCUGUUCUUAAACAGCUUAGUGGAACUCAAAAAGUGCAUCGAGAAGGGCACCAUCAUGCUGGACCUGGAGGCCACCACGCUGCCGCAGGUUGUCGAGAUGAUCACAGACAACCAGAUUGAGAGUGGUCAGCUGAAGGCGGACCUGAAAGAGAAGGUCAUGUACACUCUUCUGAGGAAGCAUCGCCAUCAGACCAAAAAGUCCAACUUGCGCUCUCUUGCAGACAUUGGCAAGAGUGUUUCCAGUGCUAGUAGACUGUUUUCCAACCAGGAGAAUGUACGCAGCCCCCAUGAGCACCCUGUGCCUUGUUUAAGCCCACACGACAUAGAGGAGCCAUGUGAGGAGGUCAUGAGGAGCUCCAGCAUGGGAUACCUCUGUAGUCCAACUACUGCCCAUCGAAACCUCACCUCCAAUAGCCUGAGUGACUUUUCUGACAAACCAGAGAAGGAUCAGCUGAAGAAUAAAUUCAUGAAGAAACUUCCCCGCGAUGCAGAGGCAUCAAAUGUACUGGUCGGGGAGGUUGAUUUCCUGGAAAGUACCUUUGUGGCAUUUGUUCGUCUGCAGCAGGCCGUCAUGCUGGGAGCCCUAACCGAGGUCCCUGUACCCACAAGAUUCCUCUUUGUCCUGCUGGGCCCCAAAGGGAAAGCGAAAUCCUAUCGUGAGAUUGGAAGGGCCAUCGCAACACUAAUGGCAGAUGAGGUGUUCCAUGAUAUUGCCUACAAAGCAAAGGACAGGCAGGACCUGCUGGCUGGCAUCGAGGAGUUCAUGGAUGAGGUCAUUGUCCUACCUCCUGGAGAAUGGGAUCCUGAAAUCAGAAUAGAGCCACCCAAAACUCUGCCCUCCUCUGACAAGAGGAAGAACAUGUAUGCUGGAUUAGAGCCACCUCAGAUGAAUGGAGACACUCCACAUGAUGCAGGGGGCGGCGGAGGAGGAGGACACCAGGUCGGAGAGGAACUUCAGCGCACAAGAAAGUUUUGUGGAGGACUUAUAUUGGAUAUCAAACGCAAGCUGCCAUUUUUCGCCAGUGACUUCUAUGAUGCAUUGCAUAUCCAGUCUCUGUCGGCCAUCUUGUUCAUCUACCUGGGCACAGUCACCAAUGCAAUCACAUUUGGAGGCUUACUGGGAGAUGCUACAGAAAACAUGCAGGGGGUGUUGGAAAGUUUCCUGGGUACAGCACUGACAGGAGCAGUGUUCUGUCUGCUCUCUGGUCAGCCCCUGACUAUUCUCAGCAGUACAGGCCCAGUGCUCGUCUUUGAAAGACUCCUCUUUAACUUCAGCAAAGACAACGGCUUCAACUACCUAGAGUUCCGGCUGUGGAUCGGCCUGUGGUCGGGCAUAUUCUGUCUGAUGUUGGUUGCCACAGACGCCAGCUUCCUAGUGCAGUACUUCACACGUUUCACUGAGGAAGGCUUCUCCGCUCUCAUCAGCUUCAUCUUCAUCUAUGAUGCAUUCAAGAAGAUGAUAAAACUGUCCCACCACAACCCAAUUCACUCCUAUUAUGACCCUAACCUCGUCACUCAAUACAAUUGCCACUGUGUACCAGGCAACUCAUCAGAACUCGUUGAUCUUGCUGCCUGGACAAACGGUACUGAUCUGCCAGUGAAUGCCACCUGGGCAUCCCUGACCAGAAAGCAGUGUCUGGAAUAUGGAGGCCUGCUGGUGGGAGAUGCCUGUGGUUAUGUGCCUGACAUCACCCUGAUGUCCCUCAUCUUGUUCUUUGGGACCUACACCUGCUCCAUGGGUCUGAAGAAGUUCAAGACAAGCCGCUUCUUCCCCACCAGAGUGAGGAAGCUCAUCAGUGACUUUGCGAUCAUCUUGACCAUCCUCGUCUUCUGUGGUGUGGAUGCCUUUGUCGGGGUUGACACUCCAAAGCUCAUUGUGCCAAGUGAAUUCAAGCCCACGAGUCCUCUGAGGGGCUGGUUUGUUCCUCCUUUUGGAGGAAACCCGUGGUGGGUGUACCUGGCAGCCUCACUCCCUGCUUUGCUGGUCACCAUUCUGAUAUUUAUGGACCAGCAGAUCACUGCUGUCAUUGUCAACAGGAAAGAGCACAAACUAAAGAAAGGGGCAGGCUAUCACUUGGACUUGUUCUGGGUGGCUAUCCUGAUGAUCGUCUGCUCCUUCAUGGGUCUGCCUUGGUACGUGGCUGCCACUGUCAUCUCCAUCGCUCACAUCGACUCUCUUAAAAUGGAAACUGAGACAUCAGCCCCCGGGGAGCAGCCUAAAUUCCUGGGAGUCAGAGAGCAAAGAGUCACCGGGAUCUUUGUGUUUCUCCUCACAGGACUCUCUGUAUUCAUGGCCCCCAUCCUCAAGUUUAUCCCCAUGCCUGUGCUCUAUGGUGUGUUCCUUUAUAUGGGUGUAGCAUCUCUCAACGGUGUCCAGUUUAUGGAUCGUCUGCAGCUACUCCUGAUGCCAGCCAAGCACCAGCCUGACCUGAUCUACCUGCGCCAUGUCCCCCAGAGACGCAUCCACCUGUUCACCUUCAUCCAAGGCCUUUGUUUGGCUCUCCUCUGGAUCCUCAAGUCUACUGUAGCAGCCAUCAUCUUCCCCGUCAUGAUCUUGGCAUUGGUCGCUGUCCGCAAAGCCAUGGAUUACAUCUUCUCCCAGCAUGACCUCAGCUACCUCGACGAUGUCAUCCCAGAGAAAGACAAAAAGAAGAAAGAAGAUGAAAAGAAAAAGAAAAACAAGAAGAAAGGAAGCAUCGACAGUGAAAUGGAAUUUUCUGACUAUCCCUACCAUGAAAAUAUCCCCAGUAUAAAAAUCUCUAUGGAUAUGAUGGAGCAGGAGCCCAUGUUGGGGGAUAAAUCUUUGGAUAGAGAUCAAUCCCCGAUUUUCCUUAAGUCGCAUUCGGCGUGCUGAACACUACUUCGAGGCUCCAACAGUGGCCAAGUAAGCUUGACAGAGGUUCAUACACCAAAGGUUCGCCUCAGAUUCGUAUCAACCGUGGCUCAGAGGACAAUGGCUUCUUUUUGAGGAAAGACUCUGAGACAGAUCUGUGAAUGAAUUAUCCAAAGACAGAGCAUAUCUGGUUUAGUAUAAUACUGCUUUAUGAAACUAAUCUUAUUUAUUUAUUCAUGGUCAUUUUUUCUGAAUUGUGAUUUUCAUUACUCAGUCACUAUGCAACUUCAGAAAACGUAGUGUACAUUAUACACAGAAGGAUAACUCCUAUCCCCUUCCCACCAAACACAGAAUAAAUCUACAGUAAAUGCAAAAGAAAACAGAAAGAGGUGGAAAUAAUAAUAAUAAGAAAAGAAAAGAUGGGUGUGUAAAUGUUCCUCGUCUAAGGAGUUGGAUCCAGACGAAAAUCUCAAAGAAGUGUUCAAGUUUUAAUAAGAAAUGGCAGAGGAUUUUCUCGGUCAGUCUUCAUCUGUAUGAGUGCUUCCGAAAAACAAAAGUACAACUCAAGGUCAGCCGUCUGCAUUUUUUACAGGGGAGUUAAUAACUUAUUCAUGCAUAUUAAAAAUGCAUUUUAAUACAAAGUGUGCAGGAAGAGUUUAGAGAAUACAGACCAGCUUUAUUAUUCUAUGCGUGAGAAGAUCUGAAGCUUUUUGUGUUUUUUGUUUUGUUCCAGCCUCUCUCCUCUCCUCUCUUCUCCUCUCCUUCUAUUCUGACAGACCUACUUCUCAUGUUCUGUGUAGGAUUUAAGUUAUCGUGGAGGUACUGCAGUUCAGGGGAUCAUGAGUCCAAACACACAUGAGAAAUACUCCUCCCGUAGUGAACAAAAAGGGCUGCAAAAGGUCAUGAGCUAGCAUUAUUUUGCUAUAUAAUAGACGUGUGAAUUAUUUAUGGAGCUACCAUCCAAGGUUGGGUAUUCACAAAACAAACAUAACAUGUUACAGCUAUAUUUGUGAUCAUUAGUAAAGAACAGCUGAACACUACUGGACUGUAACAAUUCCAGAUUUUAUUUCUCUCUUUUUGUUCCUUUUCUGUCUUUCUGUGCUCAUUUUUAUAUUUAAAGUCUCAGCAGUAUGUUUUGCUGUUUAAAUCUAAGUAUGGUUUUACCAUUUCUGUUCCCAAUCUGGGCAAAUCUUAAUUUUUUCUUCAUCCACUCAGCUGUUUUUGCCCUGUUACGGAGAUAGAGAUUUAUUAAACCUGCAUGUAGCUCUACCUCUUAUUUCUGUAGGUGCCAGGCAUUAAAUAUUAAAAUUAUCUCACGCAGUAUUUUUUGAUCAAACACUGACUUUCCAAACGGCACUACAUAGCAGCUCUAAAUCUUUUCACUCCGUAUCACUUAAAUAUUGUACUUUUUAAAAAAAUCUUUUUUUAUGGAAAAAUUGUUAUGCACAAUUAAAUCUACCAAAAUCACAUUUAAGCCCCCUCCCCUAAACUCUACUUUGAAAUUAUAGCUGUUUUAAUGUAAAAAUCUCCAGAUACAGCAAUAAUAAACCUCCAACUGCAUUAUCUGAUUGUGAAAAUCACAUCAAUUUUUAAAUUUUAUUUUCCCUUUAUGUGCAAUGCAGUUUAAUGUUCUCACAUGUUUGAUCAUAAACCUAAGAGUCUAUUUGUGUCUCCUCUUCCUUGAAGCUGUGAUCAUAUUUAACAGCCAUUACUGUGAGAAACUUAUUCUUUGUGUGUGUUGUUUUUUUUGUUUGUUUGUUUUAUUGUCUUUUUAUGCAAAUCAACGCUCACUGUGAGGCAAUGUAAUGUUAUAACUUCCAGAUCUGGAAGAAUUACAACAACGUAGUAUACAGAUUGAAAAACUUUGCAAUGGACAUUUUGGUUGAGACCAUAUCCAUAACACAUAAUCAUGUGAAUUCCACGUAGUGACAGUUUUAUGAACAAUGAAAUGCACCAGAUUAAAUUGUUGAAAUGACUUGAUCAUGCUCUUGCUGACUGAAGUAAUCAUUGUUUCAAUUUCAGUCACUUUAGGAUAUUAAUGCAUAUCUUUGAAUGUAUUACACGCUGGCAUUUACUUCAUGUGAUUGAAGGAAAGCAUCAGUUCUGUUUAGUGCAAAUAAGGGUUUGAAAUGAAUGAAUGAUCUCAAUCACCAUCAAUGCAUCAGUCAAAAUGUGAAGCACAAGACUGUUAAAAACGCUGUAAACCAAAACAGGAAACCCCAGUCUUCCACUUUGAUCGUGUAUCUGUAUAUGUUGAUUAUUUUCUUUUUUGGUUCUGAUUCCAUAAGUAAUGUAAUAUUUUUGAUGUUUAAAUCAUUUUAUACAAUCAUAUGUGCUCAUUAAGCAAAUGUUACUGAGGAAGGAACAGGACAGUGUUUUUUUUUUUUUGUUUGUUUUUUAAUGGAAUUGAGCAUUUUGAAGGUGAGCAAUUAAACAGUCUAAAUGAUU